AUGGUUUACUAUCUGCACGGUAAUGAUUUACUAUGCGGCAUGCCCAUAGUCUACUACCCGCACGGCUUCCGGACGGCAAAUGCAAUUAGAGAUGCAGGCACCGCUAAGCUUUCUGAUGAGAAUCUUCUCUUUAUCUUUUUCCAUCCCACGGACUGUUUCAACAAGAAUCUCGGGGGACUUGCACCAGUUUUGGAGGACAACGUAGGAACCGGACCGCAUUCAAAAUUCUGCCUUUGUCGAAUGGACGACGGCAUUCAACAUUAUGCCUUUGUCGAUUGGACGAAAAAUAAUGAGAGGUGGGUUGUGGUGGACGUCAGCACGUUUCAGAUGGUGGUCUCAAGGUGA